AUGAGCAGGGUUCCCAAUGUCUGGGCCGCCAUCAUCAUUCCCGUGCCCGCCAGCGCCCUCGCUUUGUUCCUUCGCAUCAAAGCGAGGCGCAUGACACCUAGAGGGGUUGGCUAUGACGAUGGUUUGUCUAUUGCAGCUUGGCUUGUGGCGCUGGGUUAUUCAAUCCUCCUCAUCGUCUGGACGACAUGCUUCCAUAUGGGUCGCAAGGUCGGCCACCUCCCCGAAUCCGAAAUCGACUACAUUCUCGAAAAAUCCCACGAAAUCCUCUUCGUCAGCGAAAUCCUUUACUCAUGGUCCAUAUUCCUGAGUAAAAUGUCUGUACUCACUUUUUACCGCCGCCUGUUCCACGUCUCGUCAAUCCGCGUGCCCAUUAUUAUCCUCAUGGUGUGCAGCGGCAUCUGGAUCACCAUCCGCACCUUUAUGACUAUUUUUCAUUGUAUGCCUGUGCAGGCGUACUGGGAUAAGUCUAUCGAUGGGAAAUGUCUGAAUAAUAUUGGAAGAUAUUAUUUAGGGACUGAUUUGACGCAUUGUCUUAUGGAUUUUAUUAUUCUUGGUUUGCCGCUUUGGGAGGUUGUUAGGAUGAAGUUGGUUUUUGGACAGAAGAUUGCUGUUAUUGCUAUCUUCAGUCUUGGUUCCUUGGUUGGUGUCGCCUCUAUAUUUCAAAUCGUCGAAGCGCAGAGAUAUACCGCCAACUCUCGCGAAUUUCCCUUUGAGUUUUCCCUAGCCAUGGUCUGGGCCAACGUCGAGGUUCAUCUCGCCGUCUUCACCAGCGGCCUCGCUCUCCUCCGUCCCAUCUUCCGCAAAUUCAUCCCCGGCCUGCGCGGCAACACAACAUACCCCAACGGCCCCAGCCGCAACGCAAGCAACACAAACAACACCUACACCAACAGCAUCGCCCUCCGACGAUCCCGCAGCCCCCGCGACAUGGUCAUCGAAGGCCAACGUGCGUUCUCCUACCCGGACUAUGAUGCGAUCAGCUUACCAGGUGCUACCAAAGAUGGAAACUCAAUAUCGCGGCAGGAAUUUAUGCAGCAGCGGUCAGAGGAGAGUAUGACGAGCGAUGAGUCUCCGGGUAGAGGUUCUUUGAAUUAUGUGUGA